AUGGAGGAAUUGAGUGCGGAAUGUGAUUGUAGUGAUGACAGCAAGAUUUUAACGGAAGUAGAUAGUAAUAAGAUCAAAGUUAUCGAAACUAGAAAAUCAGAAAGCACAUAUCUAAGAGAAGAAGAUGUACCUGGAGCAAUUUUACCUCGAAAAAUACCAGAAGAAUGUACCGUAAAACAGCUGCAGCGAUGGCUCCUUUGCCGUGGAGCUAAAACAACUGGGAAGAAAAUGCAGCUUGUUCAAAGGUAGGAGAACUUAAGGGCCAUUUGAAAACUUCUUAUUACUGCCCCUGUUCUUUUCGUUACGUUAUUAAGCCAUGAUAUUCCAAGAAUAUCGCCUGUACCUACUUUGGUAUUUUUUUUUUCGUUUUAGAGUAAAGGACUAUAUUGCUGGUGGACUAAGCUCUAAGAUUAAGGACCCUGAUGGUGGAAUUCAUUUAGCGAAAGCUAAAGCUAGCCUGGGACUCAUGGAGGAAAUUAACGCCAAGAAACUCAAAGAAAACUUUCCAGUAGAUGGCUUUACAGAAGAUUUAAAUAUUCUACCUGCCAUAUCAUUUGGUACAAUAUGGAGGUAUAUGAUUGAAGAAAGUGAUGCUAAGAAGCAAUUAUCCACUGCUAAACCUCUCGUCAAGGGAUACAACUUUUUUAAAUCUGGCCAUGUCCUUAGCAUUAAAUGCAGGGAGUCUGACGGAAAAUUUUACAUAAAAAGUCAAGUUCUUCCAUCAAUGAAAAAGACUGUUUUGUAUAAUUGCUAUAUUGUUUUGAACAAAUGUGGCAAGGUGAUGACAGCUUAUGAUGGUUGCCCAGCUGGAAUAGAUGGCAGAUGUAACCAUGUAACUUCAACACUGUUUGCACUGGAAGAGUUCUUCAAACAAAGUAAAGCACCUGUGAAUCCUUCCUUAACACCUGCAAUAUCAUGCACUUCAAAGCCAUGUGUAUGGAAUGUCCCAAGAAAAAGGAAAGUUGACAACCUGCCAAUUUCACAGGCCAAAUUUAGAAAGCAUCAGCAUGGAAAACCUCACAAAAGUGAGGAUAAAGCUCUACCAUCAACAAGGGAUGUCAGGGCACCACACCAGCAGAACCCAAGUCUAAACACUGAUGCUAGCAAUUUGUUACAUCAUGUCAAGGAAAUUGAGAAAAAGACAGGCAAAAAGAUGGCACUGAGUCUAAUUCUACCACAGAAAACUUUGGAGGAGAAUAAAGAAAGGAUUUCAGUUGAACAUAAUUAUUGCACACCUCUGACUCCCAUUGAACCUGUUGAAACAGAAGGAAACAUUUGUACAGUGUCAACUGAACUGUUAUCACCAGUGAAGUGCCAUCCAGUGAGUUUGGAAGAAAUAAAGGAAAGAUGCAUAAAACUUAAGAAAAGGCUUUUUGUCGAUGAAAAGGAUGUUGAUCGAAUUGAAAAAGAGACAGUGGGUCAAUCAGCAAAUGAAAACUGGAAUCUGCAUCGAAAAAUAAGAAUAACUGCGUCAAAAUGCCAUCGAAUUGCCACUUUGCAAGCAACUACCUCCCCAACAAAGGCCAUUGAAGAGGUCUUACAUUACAAGCAGAUACCUCAAACAAGGGCAAUGAAAGAGGGUUUGUCAAGGGAAGGUGCUGUUAUUGCUGAAUACAUCAAAUCAAAGAAACUGGACAAUCAAAAUGUAAUAGUGCAACCAUGUGGACUUUUCAUCAGCAAAUCUCAUAAUUACCUCGCCGCAUCUCCAGAUGGCUUAGUAUACAAUGCUGACUCCACUGAGCUAAAUUCAAGUGGACUUGUUGAAAUAAAAAUUGUCUUCCUAAAGGAGAAUGAGACUUUGUACCAAGCACUUGUCAGAAAAAGAAUCUUUCUUCCUGGUUCAACGGAUGGACACCUGGUCAUCAACCAAAAACACAAGUAUCACUAUCAAGUGCAGCAACAGAUGUUUGUUGCACAGAAAUCAUGGGUUGAUCUGGUGGUAAAGGGAGUUAAAGAUCUUCCAGACAGAUCAAUUGUAGACACUGAUGGUGUUUUCAUUUCAACAGUCAACUUUAAUCGUGAAUUCUGGACCUCAGUACUUCCAAAACUUGAGGCAUUUUAUAAUGAGCACAUUCUUGUAGAACUUGCUUAUCCGCGUGUUAAAUUGGUCUUUCAAGAUUAG